AUCAGUUUUAAAUUAAUUACCAUCCACAACCAUGCACAAGAACACCAUUUGGUAUGGAGCCGUGCUCUUGGUCCUAUACUACACUCUGGUCUUCUGCGAGGAGACGGAGAAUGCCGGAGCUCAGCCUGCUGAAGUGGAUAACCAAGCGGAGGAUACCUGGGAGAAUCUUGGACGGGAGCUAAUGGAGUUCGAGGGACGCACUCGCCGGCAUCGUCAUCACAUGUUCUGGUAUCGCCAUCUGUGGCCCAUUGCGAUUGCCUACUGGAUCAAGGUGAAAGUGGUGAUUGUCUCCUUCUUUGUGGGCAGCGCCAUAUACUUGGGUCUACGCUACUUCUGGCCACAUGCCAAAUGCAAUCAGGAGAUUAUCCUGGAUCAUCCUCCCUCAUCUUACUCCCAUCACGAUCACAUUCCUUACUCCCUGGAUCAUGAUCACUCGGACCAUUAUGUGUCCGCACCCACUUCCUUUGACUCCAGCUCCAGCUUCGAGCCUUACUCGGGUUACAGCAGCUAUGCCGGCUCGGACAUUGUCUCCGACAUACACAGCGAUUACCAUGGCGAGUCUCCCUCAGGUCCUGCUGGUCCUAGUGGUCCCUCCGAUACGCGUCGUCGUGGCAGGCGUAGCAUUGAACAAGAUCAGGAUGAGCAGGAGGAGGAGCAGCAGCAGCAGGAAGAUGAGGAUGAAGCUGAAAAUGAGCAAGUAGAGAUUGUGGAUGAGGAGAUAACCGAAAGUGUGGCCCGGCAAAUGCCCGCUGAAGAGCAGAUUGCUGACUUUAUGUUUGCCUUUUUGGGCCUGGAUUCCAUUGCCUGUCGCCGUCGCUUUGUCUGCGAAAUGGAGUUCCGUUCCAAGCUAAAUCCCAUGACCAGCAUGGCCUUCCGGAUUGUGGGUCGUGGCUUCUUUGAGAAGUAUACCAAUGCCAGGAAUCCUCAGUCCAGGGCCGCCAACUUUGGUGAGUGUGCGGACGUGAAUCCCGAGUGCAUAUUUGUGGAGAAUGGUGAGGGGGAGACGCAACAGGAGGAACAGCAGGCCGAGGAGCAGGCUCAGCAGGCGGAACAGCAGGCAGCAGCCACCGAGGAGGACUCCCAGAACGAGAUCAAUCUGCAAGCGGAAAGGCGCCAUGCCAAGCACAAGACUCGCAGGCUUAGCUCCAUCGCCGAGCACAUCCUGAUGCAGUAGAGCUGCCUUAACUUGUAUUUAUU